AUGUUCACUGACGCGCGUGUAGAUAAAAAAAAGUCGGCGUCGCUACUGAAGAGAAUACGUAAUAACCCCAAUAGACUCCUGAAGACAGUUGAUGACAUGAAUGAGUGCCCAAUUAUGCGACACUUAAUAAAUAAUACAGUCAGUGCUACAUUUACUGCUACUGCUACAGCUACUGCUACAACUGCUGCUACUGCUACUGCUGCAGCUACUGCUACUGUUACUGUUUCUGCUACAGCUGCUGCUACUGCUACAGCUGCUGCUACUGCUACUGCUACAGCUGCUGCUGCAGCUACAGCAACUACUACUGCUACCGCUACAGCUACUGCUACUGCUAUUGCUAUUGCUGCUGAUACUGCUACUGUUACUGUUACUAUUACUAUUAUUAUUAUUUAG